AGGUUCGGUCUUGGAAAGAAGCAGUCAUACUGUUUGAGCAUACCCAAUAUGGGCUGCGGGGGCUUAUUGUCGACUAGUGCAGUCGUAGUCAUACCUAGCACCGUUUCCCAUGUCCUAGCGUAGGACCUUUUGCACAAAUAUUCCACUUCUAACUAAGGUGCAAGGCCUAAGCUUUUCUCUUCGAUGUGCAUGUAGUGUUUCCUUGUGCAUUAUAUGGAUCAUAGUUUUUACCAUACACUACCAGAGGACUCUGAGAGCUAGUACUGUAAUUUCCACCUACUUGAUGUUCGUCCAGAGCUUCUAGAAGUAGUAAAGUUCGAAGGCCACAACUAGCGCUAACUUGAACUUCAAAAAGUAAGAUGUUUUCGGCUAGUGCUUUGCAACAGCAACGGGAUCAUCAGCAAGCGGUUGGUGCUGCAAUGUUGCGGCUCGCACUAGAGGUCGUCGAGUUGGUGAAUGUCGAGAGCGAUGUCGCAGUUGGCACGCGAGUUCAUUUCCAGGACACCACGGGUCCCCUGAGUGGCACCGCGGAAGAGUCUGUUACGGAGCAUCUGGCCUUACCCGCUGGACCGCAUGUUCUCCAGCUUGAUCAUUUUAUUCCCUCGGCACCCUCGACUACGACUGCAUCUACAUCGAACGUCACGAAAAUCGGAGGUUUCGACAAUCCCAAUCGCUUAGACGAGGACAAUCAUGGUUUAGUUGACGAUGGUUAUCUGGAGCAGAAAGCCCUGACGGAAUGUAAAGUUGUGGCCUGGAUCGUUUUGCGUCCUCCUCAAGUAGAUAUGGACUGCGUUGUUCCCGUGCCCUUGCGGGAUCUAGCUCCGUUUCUUUUGAAAGAGAGAAAAGCGCUGACGCAAGACUCAUUGCGUCUACUGCCACUUCCAAGCACUGCGGCGGGUCGUAAUGCUAGUUCCAGCAGUCUAGGAGUAGGACUGGGAGGGCUGCGGGAAUGGUCGUGCGAGUUGUCGCUAGCAUUGCCGGAACCUAGUCCGGUCGUUGAGUACUCAGUCAAGGAUUGUGGCCGGCUCUUCAAAAACGCGCACAAAGUUGCAG